UUUCAACCUCUAAAAUGCAAGGGAGAAUUCAGAAGGAGAGAAUUUGGGUUGUUGGCAGGUAGCAUGCUGGUAUACUGGCCACCACUGCCUCUUAUCUUCUCUUAGAAUGAAGAGUUCUGAAAGUAAUGAACCCUCUUACAGCUUACAUUUGUAUUUAAAGCUCUGAUUAGGCAUUCUGACAGAGUCCCCCUUUGUUGAUUUUAAGAACAAACAAACUUCUUGUUAACAAAAAGCAAAAUAAGUGUUAAAAUCAUACUUAGGGAAGAACUAUUUAUAAAUAUCUGUAAGGUGCUAGAUGAUGCUCCUGGCAUUGGGGUCUAGACUUGGUGACCAACAACUAGAUUUUUCUGAGACUAUUCUGAACUGAAACUUGUAUACUGUGAGCCGAUGUAGUACCAUGUAAACAUCUAGACAAUGGACCAUGUUUGAUACAGCAGUGAAGAAUGCAGGUUUCAAUACAUUUGAGGUGUUCAUCCUUAAGUUGGUGGCCCAGACACACACACACACACACACACACACACACACACACACACACACACACACACGCCAAGGCAAAAGUCAGAGUUUUACAUACAUAGUAUCAAAUAAGAAAGAAAUUAAAACAUGUUUUAGUUGUAGGCUGGUUCAAACAUUUAUUCUGUAAUGAGCCGUCUCCUUCUGUGUGUAGUACGAAAGAGAUGGUUCUCUAGGAAAUAGCUGUGUAUUCUGAAAGUUCCUGUUUACUACCCAUGUGGAGACAUAUAAAGAAAGUCUAACUACCAUUGCUUACAGGUAAGGUUGGCUUAUUUUAUCUGUCUUUAUUCCCUUCCCCAGGAUCCCAUGUCCUUGGGAAAUGAAAAUCACUUUAUAUUGAGGCCUUGAGUACUAAGGCCUCUACAGCUGGCAAUAGUAGUAGAUUUUUAUUUCUGAAGCCAGGGCCAUCUUGACUGAGGAAUGGGUAAAGGACUACAGGCUCCCAUGUGAGCUGACUUUUCAUUAUUGAAUAUUUAAGUGCAUCCAAAACUCAGAUGACUCCAUCAAGUUGGCAUCCUCAGGACUUCAGUUAUGCAGGAGAAAGAUGUGCUGUCCCCAAAUCCUCUUGGUCAUCGUCCAAGCUGGGGUGACUACCUGGCUUGGCUUGGACUGUACAAGAUCAUGGGAUCUUGGGAAAUUGGGUGUCAGAUUUAAAAUCCCCUAGGUAGCUUUUUGGUGAGUAUAAAAUUUAUUAUCCAACCCAAGAUACUUUUAAAAAUGAAAGGCAAGAUAGACAAACGAUGGAUAGAUAGAUAGAUAGAUAGAUAGAUAGAUAGAUAGAUAGAUAGAUAGAUAGAUGAUAGUGGAAGAGAGAAAGAGAGACGAGAGAGAGAGACGAGAGAGAGAGAGAGAGAGAGAGAGAGAGAGAGAGAGAGAGAGAGGAAAAAGUAAAUGAAUGAGGGAAGGAAGGACAUAACAAAGUACACAGAUUUUCUACCAUUGUAGGCAAUAAAGAUUUCUUCCAACAACCUAAGUGCAUUAAUAUUAAAAAUAUAGGAUGAAAAAUGGCUUUUGCGGUAUUUAGAAUCUUCAUGGAACUCUACCAAGGAUGGAAAAUGCCUGAUCUAAAGUCCCAGAGAUGGCGUCUGCCUUCCUGGAAACCAUCCUCCCUGGAAGAGAGUGCCGUUGUAGCUGGGAAAGGAUGUAGGCGUCCUCAGUGGAGGACUAGGAGUAGCAUGGAUCGUCUUGCAGGGAUACAGGUCUGACCCCAAGUCACUGUGCAGGGCAUUCUCUUGCUUCUAGGACGACAAUGACUUUCUCUUACUUUUAACCACAAUGGAGAGCUCAGUUUUAUCAAAUGGUGGCAGCACAGAGCAGUGUGGACUACAGAAGAUGGCAGAGGAGCAGUGUCAGGAACUGGCCACUGAGGGGAAGAGAUACUGGAUAUCAGAAAGCCCCUGUCUAUCAGUACAGAUGAAGCUGACUGCUCUUUCCUGUUUGUUUCUCAGCAAACUAUCCCAAAGAAUCCUCAGCAUUUGCCUAGGUCUUGCACUUGUAUUCCUGUAAUGUACUUGCAAGAAUACAUUUCCUAGAAACCUUAAGAGCAUCACCACAACAACGGUGAAGAAAAGAAGGAGAAGGAAAGGGCAGUGGCGAAGGCAGCAUGGACACAGAGACCUAGGCCCUGGGCAAUGUGGAAGGCAGUGUCUGCUAUCAGUGGCUGCUCGAAGAGGCUGUGAUAGAAAGAAAAGCUCAACUUCAGGAAAGUUGUUUCCCAGAAAGAGUCAAGCUUCCAGUGCUAGCCAAAGGCUAGGAAGCUCUAAACAAUCCACUUAUCUGCAACAGGAGUUAAAGCCAAAGAAAACCAAGGUACCAACCACCUUCAGCAUCAUGUCAAUCUCUUCUUAAUAAAACGGCAUGGGAUUUUAUUUUUAAAUUGCAUUUUUGUAUAUUCUUGUUGCACAGAGCUGAGUCUGGCACAGAGGACACACUCAGUAAACAUUUGUCAAAUAAAAGAAUCUUUCUUGAAAUUUGUAUCUUUUGAAGUAAACUGAUUAUUCGACAGAGAAAUAACUGCAGCCUAUCCAUUCCUGUACGAUAGCAAACCUUCCUUUGAAGCUGAAACUUCUUUCCUGUGCUCAUACUUCAGAGAAAAAGAAGAAGCUGAUAACAUCUGAGAGGAAGGAAAUAGCUCUUCAUGCUGAGUUGUGAAUAUAACAUCACACACACAUUUUUUUUUAAACAGUCCAACCUCCUGAACCGUUUCCAGAGAUGGCUUAUCUUACUUGGCUUUUGGCUAUUCUUCAUGUGCACAAAGCGCUGUGUGAAGAGACAUUGUGGGACACAACUGUUCGUCUUUCUGAGACUAUGACUUUGGAAUGUGUAUAUCCAUUGACGGAUAACUUAACCCAGGCGGAGUGGACCAAGGACACUGGCACAAAGAAAGUGAACAUAGCUGUUUACCACCCUAACCAUAAUAUGCAUAUAGAUCCUAACUACCUCCAUAGAGUGCACUUUCAAAAUGCAACAGUGGGGUUCCGCAACAUGAGCCUUUCCUUUUACAAUGCCUCUGAAGCAGACAUCGGCAUCUACACCUGCUUGUUUCAUGCUUUCCCACGUGGAUCUUGGGAAAAGAAGAUAAAAGUUGUCCAGUCAGAUAGUUUUGAGACAACAGCACCCUUGGAUAGCUACCUGUCUGCAGAACCUGGACAAAAUGUCACACUCAGUUGCCAGCUUGAAAGGACUUGGCUAGUGCAACUAGUCAUAUGGGAAAAAGUCCAGCCCCAUCAGGUAGACAUCUUAGCUUCCUGUAACCUAUCUCAAGGGACAAGAUACACUUCAAAGUACCUAAGACAAACAUGGAGCGACUGUAGCCAGGAGAGCAUGAAGAGUGCUCUCAUUAUACCCUAUGCCAUGGCUGCUGACUCAGGACUUUACAGAUGCCGCUCUGAGGCCAGUACGGGAACAAACAAAACCUGUGUCAUAAGGCUGAUCAUAACUGAUGGUGGAACCAAUAACCACUUUAUCCUUCUCAUUGUCGGAGGGCUAGCCUCACUGCUACUUGUCAUCCUAAUUACCAUCAUUAUUAUCUUAUUCAACAGGAAGAGAAGGAGACAGGUGAGAACUCCGCUUAAAGAGCUCAGAGAUAAACAGAGUAAGGUAGCCACCAACUGCAGAAGUCCAACUUCUCCCAUUCAGACUACAGAUGAUGAAAAAGAGGACAUUUAUGUUAACUAUCCAACUUUCUCUCGGAGACCAAAACCAAGAUUCUAAGCCGCUCUUUUGCCUGAGCACAUUAGUAAUGACUUCUAUGGCAUGGAUUUUUACCCAUGUCCUCCUCACCACCAGGAUCUACAUUGAUUAAAAAGUUGAUUGGAUUUGUUUUAUCUCAUAUAUAGAAGUACUUUAUGACCUGGGAAUAUUCUUAACAGAGAUGGAUUUGAAAACCCAAAUCUAAUUAACCGUUCAAGGAACAGUUCAAGGAACCAUCUUCCAUUAUAUAACAGAGUAAUCUAGAGAGGACUAAGUACCACGUGGCUUUCUUGCUCUACUUGAAAUCAGCUGUGAACAUAAGUUUAUUUCUGGAUGCUUCCUACAGUGUUGGUUCUGCUUAUAUACUACUGGUCCAACUCUCGUACUGCUUCUCUCAGAUGCUCCCAUGAGUAUUGCCAAGGACACUUGGUAGAAAGUUUACUGGUUAAACACAGGAAACAAAGUUUAUUAUUCACUCACUAGCAAGAAGGUAGCAUUACCACAAAAGAUUAGAUGACCUAAAUUAGCUGUGGGUUCAAGACCAGGACAAAAGGGUUACUUGGGAAUUCUGAGUAUUGCUAAAAAGGCUGAAAGGGACCUAGAAGUUGAGUUAUUUUUAACAAACUUUAACUUCAAAGGCAUUGCUUAUUAACUAGAUAACAAAUGAAUGUACUGUAGUAUCAGCAUAAUUCAAAAGAAUACAUGCCAAGGAAUGCCGAGAGCAGAGAUAAUUGUGUAACUAUUUCUUCCCUUUCUGGUUUCAAAUAAAUUCAUUUCUAAUUCUAUAGAGAAGUCUUGCUACCCAUUCAGGACUGGUCUUCUAUACAGUGAGAUGGUCCAAUUAGAAAUAAUUCUUUUAAUAAUGCUUUUUCUACUUUCGAGAGUUAUUUUAAUAUGUAAACUUGUGAGUUUAAAAUCUUCAAAAUGAGCACAUGAAAAGAGAUUGAUGGUUUUAAGUAGUAGAAUACAGUAAUGUAGGAAUCUGAGAGCAGAGAGUUUGGGAGGGGGUGAAGAGGAAAAGACAUCACCAAAUAAUGAUAUAUGAGAGAAAAUCUACACUUCAGAGUUUGAUCAAGGCCAUAUCUCCCAAUUUGGCUGGCACUGAGAUAAUGCACCUGAUGUCUCCAUUUUAGAAAAAAAAUGAGUAUUUGUGGAAUUAAAUAAAACUCUAGUUAUCUCAAAACUAUGGUAAUCAUUAUCAAAUAGAAUGAUAUUUAGUAUCUAAAAGACCCAUUUCUUAUCUGUAAAAAAUUUAAAUGAUCAUAAUCUUUAAAUAUUCAUUGUGGAAAACUUCGAUUAAGUUUGUGGUGUGAAAAUUUUGUUACAAACUUAAGUGAAAACAAUCCAAAUGCUAAUGCGGUUACAUAGAUUCUAAAAUGCAAUUCAUAGUUUUAAGAUAAUUAGUAGAUACUUCAUAUUUUAACCUUAGAUACCAUGCAUGAUAAAUAGGCCAAUUAUUUUCCCAAUUACAGAAAUUCAGAAGGUAAUAAACGAAAAUGACAGUUUCUUAGUUGUGCUUAUAUAUUUACUCAAGAAUAGCUAAUUAACUCAGAUUUUGACUGAUUGCUUGAAAAUUUUUGUGUCUCAAUUUGUGAACUGUUUCUCUAAAUAUGCCAGUGUACCAUUGUUGAAAUACAAUUAACCAGAAAAUAGUCAACAUUUGGAACCAUAGGAGAUCACAACACAGUUUGCAUGGUUAAACAACUUAGUGUUGUUCAUAAAAUAAACUAAUUAUUCUUCCAUAAAUGUUAAAGACAAUCAAAAUACUACUUUCUAUCAUGUUUGGAAGCCAAGUUUUGCAAUGGCUAAGUUGGUGAGAGGGAAAGCUUUUAUAAUGGCAUUAUAGGGAGAUAGCUACCUGGUAGUCCGUGAUUUGUAUGAAGAGUCACCUAAGUAGAUCAAGAAAGCCUCCAGAUCACUGGACACUCUUCUUUGUUUCUGUGGAGAUUCAUAUGCUGUUUCGAAAAAAAAAAUCACUCUGUCAAAAUAUAUUUUCUCUGCCUACCCUUCCUUUCUAUAUGUAGUUCCCUUACAGAAUUUAGUAUUUAUUGGGAAUACUUACUACCACCUUGACCUCCCUAUGUCUCUGUUAUGCUGCAGAGACAAUGUUCAUUGACUCUGUAGACAUUUUUAUUAAAGAAAGCACUUUAAUUGCAAUCUUUGUGGCCUAUACAAUUCACAAGAAUUCUGUAAUGUGACCCCUCCAAAAAUUUUUGUGCCUAUUGUUCUGAUUGGUAGCAGAGCAAUCAAAACUGCACCAAAAUAAAAGAUGAAUGUCAGAAAUGAAAUACAAUUUUGUUCUCCAUGUUUUAUUUUAUUUUUUAAUAUUUAGUGCUGCUUUGGAAGUCAGAUGCUUUCUGGAGGUGCUUUACUCAGAUAAUGGAUACCAGUAUAUAAUGCAAUGUUUAAGUGAAAUAUGUAUGCUUGAAUUAAAUGCUAUAAUCUUAAUAUUUACAUUAAAGUAAACAAAGAAAGGUUUGAUUAGGAAUAGAGCAGUUUCUUAGGUGCUUACAAUAACUGUGUAUAUACUAUGUUAUUAUCAGACUGGUGUCGUUUCAUUUAAAAGCAUUUGUUAAUAUUGAGAAAAUAGAAAAUAUAUCUUUAUUGUUCUCUUUUAUUCUUUCCUAUAUUUCUCUUACUGAAAAUUGAAUUCAAGGCUUUUAAAUAUCAGGCAAGUGCUAUGCUUCUGAGAUACACUCUAGUUCACCAUAUAGUUUAAAGUUUAAAUAUUCAACUAAUUGUCAAGAUACUAUCAUUAAAUAUAAAUUUAAAAAGAUAAAGUAAAACCUAGGAGGUUCUUUUUUAUUUUAAACAUGCAAGUUUUAUUAGUUUACAUAUAGAACUCUAUUAGAUGAAAUGAUAUAAUUAUAAUUAUCUUUUAAAUUAGGAAACCCCACACUAUAGUUAGAGAUCAGUUUACAUAGUUUAAUUUUUUAUGUUCAAAGCAAUAACACUGUUGUAAGAUGCUGGUAGAAAAUGCUUUAUUUGAGGAUAUGGAUAAUAAUUGUCUGGUUCUGAUUAGUUGCUUAUUGUUUCUGUUGUAAUUAUAAGUUCUAUGACAAUUGUAUUUUGAGCAUUGUUUCCAGUUUUAUUUUCCAUUAUCAGAGACUGAAUUUGUAGGCAUAAAGCAGCUCUUAUCCCUCAAUGUACUAUAAUCUAUUGUUCUCAAUGAAUAAAACAUAGUUCUCAA